AUGGGGCUUCAUACGCCUUCGGCGUUUCUGGAUCUUGCUUUUAUCAUUAUGUUCUCCCCGGGAAUUAAAUUCUCAAUUGUGACAGGUCUCCGGUUCGAUCCCGGAAUCGGGCCUAUUUUUUUUUCCGGAUUGCAUCAUGAGUUAUUAUCACGCUCGCCACAAGGAGUCGUUGAUGUAGGUCUUAGAAUUAGGAUUAUCUUUUUUCCGACCUGCAUCAUGGGAUGUCACAGUGGUGCCGAAUGCUGGCGUAUGAUUACGUUUGGAUACAUGUAUGCUUUUUAUAUGAUUGACGUACUGUAUACACAAUCGGCCCCAGAUAUUUUUCGAAGAAGUCAAGAUAGCUCUCUGGGAAUGCAUGCGCGUGACUGGAUGAAUUAUAUGUACAUGUAUCUGUUCAAGACAAUUCCUCCAUACAUGUGCUGUCAGAGGCAGAGACUUCAUCAUGAUGAGCAGCAGCGAAUCAUCGGAAAUAACCAGCGGGAACUUAUAAUAACAAAUAAUGAAUCUACACACCUUACUAUCAGAAUCCAAUCAUCAUCUGAAGAAUACGACUUUCUAUUAACAGCAACAAAUGAAACGAUAUUAAAUAAAAAAAAAAACAUCAUCAAAAGGAUAAGGAAGAAAUCCAUCCUAUAUAAUGCAAGCGUAAAUCUCAAAUUUAAAAAUAUCAAGAUAAAUAAACUUCAUCAAAAGGAUAAGGAAAAAUCCAUCCUCUAUCAACCAAGCAUAAAUCCGCAUAAACAAUAA